AUGCCUCCACAGAGUUCAAAAGCUGCAGAAUGUACGGGUACAAGUAUUGGUUUUUAUGACGACGGUAGUGGUCCUGGGGUUCGGGAUGAUGUCGGUAGUGUUAGUGAUGGUGGUGAUGAUCGUCGACUUGGUGGUCUUGGUCUCCUCGGUCAUAGCGGAAGGGAUGGUGGACUUGGAGCAGGUCAUGGCGCUAACGAGGAUGAAAUUAUUGAAAAGCAUGUAGUUCUAAUUCACAAUCAUGAUGAAGAUACUACAUUAAAUCGCCAAGAAGUCAAUAAUUCACUGAAAAGGAAAGUAAGUGAAGACAAUAUUGUAGACAAACCUUCUAAGUUUAUUUUAACUGAAAUCAAAAAUUUUAAUAACGAAAAUAGUUUAAAUACAAUUGAUCUCAAUUAUAUUAGACGAAAUGUGUAUAAUGCACGUAAAUCUAUUUUGCUACCUUUGCCUAAAAGUAUUGAAGAAGUUCACGAUACUUUAAAUACGGUACUUUCAAUUAUUGUACAAAAUAUUUUUUGCAGUUAUUCACUAUUCAUGGUUUUAAGAAUCAAAAUUAGGUAUAUACCAUUAGUCUUUGCUUUGCUUCCUGACAACAAUAGCCAUACAUACAGUACAUUAUUUUUAAAAACUAUCGAAAUUUGCUUGCAAAAUAAUUUACGGUUUCAACCAGUUACAGUUGUGGUGGACUUUGAAAUUGCUAUUCAUAAUGCAAUUAAAAAUAUUUGGCCAACAGUGCAAAUUCAUGGUUGUAAUUUUCAUUUGUGCCAAAAUUGGUACAGAAAAAUCCAGCAAUUAGGCCUAACGAAUGAUUACAAUAAUGGUAAAUCUGAAAUUGGAAAAUUUUUAGUUCACACAUUCGGUUUACCAUUAUUGCAAGAUGUUAACGAUAUUGAAGAUUGCUUUGUAUUUGAUUUGUUAGAAAAUAUGCCAUCUGACGAUAAAGUCCAACAAUAUUGCGACUAUUUAUCUGAAAAUUAUAUUUUUUCGUUUUCAUUAUUUCCCCCAAAAUUGUGGUCUUCUAAUGAUACUACAAAUGCAUGUGAAUCAUUUCAUUCAAGAUUUAAUAGUAGUUUUUAUCAUCACCAUCCAAAUCUCCAUUUAUUCGUGAAAGUUUUGAAAGAUAUUCAGACCGAAACAUACAUUAAAAUUAGAAGCAGUCAUACAACACAACGCAGACAGGCAAAAACUAUUUUUAAAUAA